AUGAGUGCUCAAGAAGGAGGUGGAUAUCUUGGGCCUUUAACUUGUAAUUGUCUGGUUGGACCAGCAUUGAACAAUGUCAAAACUGCACAUGCCACCACACCGGCGGCGACGGAAGCUAUCAGUGUAAGUUUGUGGAAAAAUUGAAAGUUUUGUUCAAAAUAUUAACUUUAGUUAUGAGUUUUGUGAUUAAUAAGAUUUUAUGAAUACAAUAAUAUCUUUUUAGGGCCUUGAUGAAGCUUUACUUAAAGCAGAUGGAGAAUCGCCAGCUUUUUUAUACGAUUUGGCAAAGAUUUUAAUGGAAGAAUCGCUACUUAACAUUGACAUUCAGGUUAUCUUUUGCUUUGUUUUUAUUUUUAGGUACCAAAGUUAAGGGACUUCUAUAAAUGCGAGUUUCUAAGAUCACUGUUAAUUUAAUUUUUUAUAAAUUUAAUUUAUUAUAGAACUGUUUUUAACAGCAUCUUAUUUUAGGAAUCUUUCUUACGACUGCAAGCUAAAGCGCCCUCAACUGACUUGGAGCUCAACGAAUUGUCCCACAUACCUCGAUUUCAAGCUAUAUCAGAGAAGGCGAUCCAUUUACGGAAAGUUUUGUCUAGAAUCCCAGAUGAAAUGGCAGACAGAAGGCCGUUCCUAGAAACGAUCAAAGAAAUCGCAACUUCAAUUCGAGUUUUACUUGAUGCAGCUAAUGACAUUGUCAGAUCAGUUCCUCCAAACGUACAUCCAUGUAAGUUGUACUGUAUUGUAGGGUUUGGCGUCUUUUGGCGAGCUUGUUAUUGUUUUACAAAAUUUUACAUUAUCCUUUAGUGUAAUAUGCGGAAGGAUCUAUAAUAUAGUGCAGCUAAUGAAAGGGGCUAAUAGCAUCAGGUGUUGUAAUUCAGAUGGUAAAAUGAUUCUUUUAAUUAUAUUGGAUGCACUGUGUUAACGGAUUAGGUAUCGAAAUGUAACUGGCAUAACAUUAAUGGAUUGUAAUGUCAAUGACAUUAACAUAAUAUGUACAUUAUCAAAUUUACGGUUUUUAGCAUGCCAAGACAGUAUGUGGUAAUAGAUAUGUAUAUUUGCUGUCGUGGAAGGGUGUGUUCGCAUUGUAAACAGAUUUCAACAGGGCUUUAAACCAACAAUUAGAGAUACGUUGUUGUUGAUGGUACGGGCUUAGUUGGUAUUAUUAGACAAGGAAAUUGGGGUUGGCGUGGGCAGAUCUUACUUCCGAUUUUAGUAUUAUAAGCUUGAGGAUGUUGUGGCAGCACCUGAAGCUUAUAAUAGACGCAUGUUGUUGUACACAUGCCUUGAUUGUAAGCUACGUCUGUAAACAAAGUUGUGGUGAAGGAUGUCUGUGUGUGAGUAGACGAUGUUACUGUGUGUUGUGUUUUUGUAAAUUAUGUUAUUGUACACGACUGGUUACAAGAAGCUUUAAAAGCGUAACCUUUAAUUGAGAAAACUUCCAGACACAUGCUUUUAACACUGGUAAUUACUUUAAAACCAACCAAUCCUAAAAUCAUGGGAUGUUAUUGGUGUAGUAUAUUACUUUAAUUUGGCUAAUAUACUGAAAUCCAGUACAUGAGGGAAGUCGAGAAAUCAGCUUAUAAGGUAUUAUCUAAUUUCAGCGAUUGAAAAACGGAAAAGGGAAUUUGUACACUACUCGAAGAGAUUCAGCAACACGCUCAAAGAUUACUUCCGUGUUCACGAUGCCGGCCAGGUGUUUGUGGCCUCGAAUCAGCUCAUCUUCCAGACCAUACAGCUGAUAAGGUGCAUCAGGGAACGGGUACCCGGAUCGGCAUGA